AUGGCGGCGAAGGAGGACGAGAAUUCUGUGUCAUACAGCUUGGAUCAUUUUACCGAACUCAAAGAAGUAACAUCAUUGAUCGAAUCAAUAGGAACCAUAUGUCAUGAUAAUAUUUUACUCGAGGCUGCAGAGGAGCGGUUAAUUCUUAUAUUGAAUAAGUAUCAGGAACAGCCACAUUUAUUGGAUCCGCAUUUAGAAAGCCUUGUACAGAAAUUGCAACAUAUAGUCUGUGAUGCAUCAAACCCAGCUAAAGUGAUUCAGCAGGGAUUCAAAUAUUUAUAUUUAAUCACCAAGGUCAGGGGACCAAAAUAUGUGGUACGGCUGUUUUCUCAUGAAGUUACCGACGUGGAACCAGUUCUUGGAAUGCUGUAUCAGCAAAAUCCUCAAGAUCAUGAGACCUGGGAGACACGAUAUGUUCUUCUCCUGUGGUUGUCUAUUGUUUGCAUGAUACCCUUUGACAUGGCUCGCUUUGAUGGACGGAGAGAUGCCAAUAGUGGAACACAGGAGAGACGCAGGCCUGUGGUGGAGAGAAUUCUUGAAACUGCAAAGAUGUAUCUUUCAGUUCCAGACAAAUCAAGAGAUGCUGCUGCAUUAGUUAUCUCAAAGUUUGUUACAAGACCGGAUGUGAAGAAAGAAAAGCUGGCAGAAUUUCUGGACUGGUGUUUGAUGAGGAUGGAGAGAGCAAAUGGAGAGACAAUGGAUGGAAUGCUGCUGUUGACAGGGAUCUUGACAACAUUGGCUCUGCUUUUCAAGCAUGGAAAGAGAGAUGACUUAAUACCAUAUGCUCCUAUAGUUUUGAAGCAAAUAGGGGUGCGCGAGAUUUCAAAGAUCAAUAACACGCUGCUUAGGAAACUGAAUAUUAAACUUACACAGCGUCUUGGUUUGACAUUUCUGAAGCCAAGAAUAGCAGCCUGGAGAUAUCAGAGAGGGAGUCGAUCUUUGGCUUACAACCUUGCCAAUCCAUUCUCUCAAGAACAGAAUGAAAAUAGUCACCACACAGCAGGACUAAACACAGCUGAGGAAGAAGAUUAUGAUGUUCCUGAAGAACUAGAAGAUAUCAUUGAGAAACUUUUGACUGGUCUCAGAGAUAAGGAUACCGUAGUGCGAUGGUCAGCGGCUAAAGGGAUUGGAAGGAUAACUGGGAGACUUCCUCAAGAAUUAGCCGACCAGAUUGUGGAAAACGUCUUAGAAUUAUUCAGUACCCGAGAAUCAGAUUGUGGCUGGCACGGAGGUUGUCUAGCUCUCGCUGAACUCGGUCGUAGAGGACUUCUUUUACCCAAUAGGCUCCCUGAAGUUGUUCCUGUUGUGCUGAAAGCCUUGUCGUAUGAUGAAAUGAGAGGAACAUACAGUGUUGGGAGCCACGUUAGGGAUGGCGCUUGUUAUGUUUGUUGGUCAUUCGCCAGAGCUUACGAUCCACAAGAGAUCCAACCGCACGUGCACGGCAUAUCCAGUUCUCUAAUAACUGCUGCUCUGUUUGACCGAGAAGUGAACUGCAGGCGGGCUGCGUCGGCUGCAUUUCAAGAAAAUGUGGGAAGACAGGGAACUUUUCCUCAUGGCAUCGAUAUUCUUACGAUGGCUGACUAUUUUGCGGUUGGGAACAGAGUGAAUACAUACUUGACUGUAAGUGUAUCAGUAGCGGAGUUUAAGGAAUAUACAAAGGCGUUGAUUGACCAUCUCGCAGAUGUCAAGUUACAACACUGGGAUAGAAACAUUCGAGAACUGGCGUCUCAAGCUUUACACAAUCUAACUCCUUCAGAUCCCGAAUACAUGGCUAAGACUGUUUUUCCAAAAGUGCUUUUACAAAUGAACAAUAUCGACCUGAACACGCGCCAUGGCUGCAUCCUGGGUUGCUCUGAAGUUAUACACGCUCUGUUUCUAUACGCUAAGGAAACCGGAAGAUUGCUGACAGACGUGGUUGACAAAGGUUGCUUUGAAAUCGUGAAAGACUUUGUACCUCAGCUCAACUCAGCAAAAAGCUUCAGAGGUCUAGGAGGGGACUACAUGCGGCAGGCAGUUUGUCAUUUAAUAAUGAAAUUGUCCUUAUCGGAAUUACCUUGGCAUGGAGAUCAGAUAAUUGGCGUAUUUCAAGACACUAUCGAUGACAACCUCUCCCACACAGAACCUGUUAUACAGGAAGGAGCUGUUCGAGCCCUCGGUGCUUUAUGCCAGCAGUAUUACGUCAAAGACGACGGUGGAGCUAUUGAUGGAAUACAAGAUAGAAUCAUCACACAUUACGUUGGGCAGUUAAAAAGCCCUUCCGAGUUCUCAAGAGUUGGGUUCGCUCAAGCUUUAGGAUUUUUGCCAAAAUUCAUGUUGUCAUCCAGGUUAAAAGUGGCAUUUACAGGUUUAAUCACAGCUUCACAGGUAGCGGAUGAUCCAGGAAAAUUUGCUGAAUCAAGAAGAGAGGCACUUAAUUCUCUUGCAAGAAUCGCUUGCACCGUUGGAUUAAGUAGGACUGGAGACGAGGAAGAAAUUGUCACAGAAAGCAGUCUUCAUGAACUUUAUGAGGCUUUUUUCGUUGCUAUGAAUGACUACACGAUUGACAGCAGAGGAGACGUCGGAGCUUGGGUGCGUGAAGCCAGCAUGAGCGGGUUGGAAACCCUGACCCGAUAUGUUGCAGAAAACGAUCCUUCUCUUUUUACACCACAGAUCUGUGAGCGGGUGAUGUGCUGUCUUGCGCAGCAGUCUUCUGAGAAAAUAGAUCGCACGAGAGCUCAUGCCGGAGAGAUUUUCCUUAGACUUCUGUAUAUGGACAGUCCUACGUUGCCGCAUAUACCGCACCACAAAGAACUUCUCGACAUUUUUCCUAAGGAUAAGUGCUUGGAAAUGAACUGGAGCGCCUCUGCUGAAUGUUUUCCACGAAUAACGAAGCUCCUCGGUUUGGCGUCGUACAGAAGGUCUGUUCUUCUCGGCUUGACUGUCAGUGUGGGAGGACUAACUGAAUCACUGGUGCGACAUUCUCAUUCAUCGUUGCUAAGAUUCUUGAAAGUCAUAAGCAAGAGUGAGCUUGAGAUGAACGAGAUUGCGGAAACCCUUUUAGAUAUUUUUCGGAAGAAUGAAAAAAAUGACAGAAUAAUAGUUCCCUUAUUCAAGAUGCUUGAUAUGCUGCUAGCCAAUGGCUGCUUCGAGCUGUUCACUCAGGAUGAAAGCCAUCCAUUCUCUGCAGCUGUUUUGGACCUCACCAAAAAGGAAAUCUUCAAAAUUGGCGACGCUAGAAAGCUAAUCACGAGUGUCAGCGUGUUUUGUGGCCUAUUACAGUUUCCAGGGGCGACAAGAAUGAAAGCUUUCCAACAGCUUUCCAUAUUUCUUUGUCACAGAUACCCUCAGGUUCGUAAAACUACCGCUGACCACCUGUACUCAGCAGUGUUGACCUAUGAUGACAUCAUACCGGCGGAAAAUUUAGAUGAAGUGUUAACGAUACUGACCGAAACUUCAUGGGAUGCGAAGAUUGAAGAACUUCGUGUCAUAAGAAACAGACUUUGCGACAUUGUAGGCAUCCCUCAUCCGGUUUUAAAGUCUUCUACGGCGCCAACCGCCGUCAAGAAAAAGAAAGACGAAUUAGACAGCUACAAAGACUUGGUCAGUCGUGGAUAUUAGAACUUUUCUGUAAAUAACACCCCAUGGAAUUCAUGAGGUAGCUGCAUGUGAGUGGAAACGAUGCACAGUCCACCGGUUCAUCUGCUGUGAGAAGGCCGAUUUUCAUCGGUAAACAGACGUAAAAACAGGUGGCAUACGAAAUCUUGGUGGUCUCUAAUUACGGCGCUUGUACGUUUGGAAAAUGUUCCGACUAAAAGUAUUGAAGAUGGACAAGUCACUGCUCUUGUGUACAGGUCUUUUCGUAAACUGGAAAGCUUUACAGAUCAGUUAUUUCCGGAGUGAAGCCAAGAAUUAUCUUUACCAGUUUGCCAAGGAGUACUCAUAAUCAUAUCAACACGAGCUGCUUUAAUUUAGGCAUAUCGUUCUCAUGGGAACAUCAUUUUCUUUCUGAAGAAAUUUGUUAAAUAUCUAAUUUAUUUAUUUAAAGAAAAGAAGCUAACAUCGUAAAAUGCAAGGUAACCUGCAUGUGUGCGAGUGUUUGGAAUAUUUCUAUUUCACAUGAUGGUGCCCGUACAUUCUUUACAUGUAAUGAAAACCAAAAU